AGUUUAUGGGAUCUAGACAUCCCAGCCUCUCAGUUCGUUGUUAACUACUGAUCAUGAGGUACUUGUCGUAUUGGCUUUUAGUCACUGCCACGUUGACUCUGGCACAAAAAUUUCAUGACAAUCUUUACCAGUUGAUUGCCAAGGAUCAUCCCAAUGAAAAUAUUAUAGUAUCGCCCUUUACCGUCGGGAGUAUUUUGUCCAUGAUAUACAUGGCAGCCGCGGGAGAAUCCGCGAAGGAACUGAAAACCCUUCUAGGCUUUUCCGAGGAGAAAAUCAAUUUGAUCGAAAAAUAUCGGAAAUUAUUGGAAAAAUUGAAACUGGUUAAUCGGGUGCAUUACGAAAAUCGCCAUCCGUUAAGUCCGCAUUAUGAAUCGUUACUGAAAGAAAAUUUCAAGGCGGAUUCCAAUAUCACACCAAAAAGUGCCGAGCCCCUGAUAUCGAUCACUAACAAAUGGGUGUUUCAGGAUGGCAAUGAUAUCUUCAAAGCUAUGUUUACAAAUAACAUUACUCUGACAGAUGGCUGGCAGUACGAGUUCGAUGCCAAAAAGACGAAAAAGGCUGAUUUCCAAGUCUCGAGAAGUAAACAAGUUUCCGUGCAGAUGAUGUAUCAGAAGAACAUCUUUCGGGCUGCCUACUUUUCAGAUCUUAAUGCUACUGUAGUCGAGCUACCAUUUCACAGUUCGCAGAUUUCCUUACUUUUAUUUCUGCCCAAUAAAGUGGAUGGCCUCUGGGAGAUGGAGCAAAAAAUUAUCGACUUUUCAGAGCCACUAAACACCGUAGAAGCGAUUAUUGCCUUGCCCAAGCUUCGCAUCGAAUUCAAGAGAAAUCUAGCGGAAGUACUUCAAAAGCUUGGUCUACGACAGCUGUUCACGAAAAAGGCUGAUUACAACCUGUUUGCCGACAAGUCAAGUUCAAGGGUCAGCGAGAUAUCACACAAUAUCUACCUGGACAUUAAAGAAGACGGCGCUGAAAUGCCCGUAUCCUCACCAGUGAACAUAUCUUGGGCAACAGCUCCAGUAUUCUUUACAUUCGAUCGUCCUUUUGCGUUUUUAAUAAAGGACGAAAACACCACAUACUUCCAGGGGCAUGUUGUAGAUCCUUCGAAAAAUGGAUCAAAACUCAGUACAACGUGACUUUCAAUCUAGUCGAGCCUCGAUUAUUGUUUCUGACUGGUCUGUGUUAAAAAUAAAGUGUGUUUUCUUAUUUAUAAU